AUGCCACGCAAAUGUAAAUAUCCACCAACUCCACCACAUAUUGCAAAUCUUCCUCAAUAUGCACAUCCAUUGCCCAAUGAUCUCCCAGAAGAAGCAUAUAGAGACAAUCCAGGUUAUAUAGUUUCAUCAUCUACUACUACAUCUGCAAUAUCAAUUUCAACAACACCUUUGGCAACAACUUCGACAACAACUCUAGCAACAACUCCAGCAACUACCUUAGCAACAACCUUAACAUCAACCCCAGCAACAACCCUAGCAACAACCUCAGCAACAAUCUUAGCAACAACCCUAGCAACAACCUUAGCAACACCCUUAGCAACAACUCAAGCAAUAGCAAGUUUGGAAUUAGUAUCA